CAAUUACUCUCAUUUCAUAUGAAGGUUGGUGUACAAGAUAAUCUAUCAAGGCUGCAAAACUAGUCAUAAUCUGUACUGUACCACUUUCAUUUUUGUAUUUAAAACAGUCAAGUGUAUGCUAAAUAUCAUUAUUAUUAUUAUUAUUACUAUAAAACAUUGAUCCAAUUGAACAGUUAUCCCGCCAAAAACAAAAAGAACAUUUUGAAAAAUGUGCAAAUAUCGGAUUUUAAAAAUUCUUAUUAUAAUUUCUAAUAUAAUAAAUUUAACGUUCGGUAUGACAUUAAUCUUAGUGGGAAGUUAUGUUCACCUAUUCCUCAGUACAUACAUUGUUGAUAUACACAUGCAUAUAUUAUCUUUAACAUUUGCAAUGAUAGCACUUGGUUGCUUACUCUUUUCCAUUGGUAGUAUUGGUGUAGUGAAUGUUUGGACUGGCAGACGUGCAAUUAUCAUUAUAUAUAUAGGACUUUUAACAGUAUACGUGAUUAGUGGAAUACUGAUAGUUAUAUUUACGCUGACUAUACGCAACAAGGUGGGAAUGUUAUUUCGUGAUGUUAUACAGAAGGCUGUAAGUCAAUAUAAAGCUAAGAAUAGUUCAAAGCGUUAUAUAGAUGCAAUACAGAAACAGCAUAAAUGCUGUGGAGUAACUUCAUUUAAGGAUUAUACCGAAUGCUCUACGCCACAAUCGUGUUUUGCCGGUGAAGAUGAUGAAGCAUAUGAAAAUGGUUGUGCUGCUCAACUGGACGGUCAUAUUCAACAAUGUUUACUGUUCAUCAUGGCGUGUAUAGUCAUUUGUACACCGAUUGAAAUUGCAUCAGCUAUUACUACUGUAUUAUUGUCAAUCAAAAGAAAAACAAUAUCCUGGAAAGAACAAAUCAGUUUUUGUUGAAAUACUGCUGAAUACUGAGAAGAUGAUUUGUCUGAUGAAAUACUUUUUUUCCUUUCUUCUUCUUCUUCUUCUAAUGGUUGCUUUCCCUGUUCUGGAUGGUUGAAAACUGCCCUAGAUAUAUAUCAUUGUCUUCCUGGACAACGGCAUCUUUAGUGCAAAUUUGUAUGACACAUUUCUGUUUUUCUUUUAGUAAGAUUUCGUCAUAAUAUGCAUUCCAUCUUAUACUUGUAUUCCAAUACAGUCUUCCGUGUAAUUUCAAUCUGUCUUUACUGACUGUUUUUCUCUUCUAAUUUUUCCAUCGAUUUAUAUCUGCAGAGCCUGAAGAAGAAGAAGUUAUUGACAUCAGAGUUGUUUGCUCAGAAAAUGUUCUUAUUCACUUGUUUUUGUCGGAAUUGUUUAAAUAUUUUCUAGCAGACAUUAUUCACCUUACACCCGACCAGACUCCCUGCUCCAACUUGAUGACCUACAUAGUGUUUAUUCCUUUAUUUGUAUAUUUGGUAUUUCUUGUUUUACUUAAUUAAUGAUCAUUUGACUGUAGUGUGUAAUAAACAAAAGAUGGAAUUUGAGGAGAGAAAGAGCAAAAAAAUUGG